CACCACCACAGAGAGCUAAAGGAGACGAGAAAAAGAUGGCGGACACCAGGGAAAUCUGCCCCGAGUCUCUGCCCCGUCGCGGCAACUGUCCGCGAGAGUCGUCGCUCCGGGGUGGGCUGUUCGUGCUCCUCUGCGCGCUGCUGGCGGACUCCGCCGGAGCCACGACCCACUGGGUCGUCACGGAGGACGGGAAGAUCCAACAACAGGUCGACUCACCUUUGAAUCUGAAGCAUCCACACGACGUUGUGAUCUUCAUGAGGCAAGAGGCCCGCGUUAACUACCUCAAGAAGCUCGAGAAGCAGCUCGUGGCACAGAAAAUCCACAUCGAGGAGAACGAGGACCGGGACACGGGGCUCGAGCAGAGACACUACAAAGAAGACGCGGACUGCGUCAUGGCCAAGGUUCCCCUGGGAGACCUGGACCUGUACGAUGGCACUUACAUCUCAUUGGAAGGCAAAGACAUCAGUCCCGAAGACUAUGUGGAUUCCCGGUCAGCUCUGCCUCCAGAUCUAGAAAAGCCUGACUGUGCGAGAGCGUUUGAACUACCUUACAGUAUCCAUGCUUUCCAGCACCUCAGGGGCGUGCAGGAGAGAGCAAACUUGACCUCCCCUCUUCUUUCCAAGGAGGAUCCCAUUUUUAGUGCACUGUCUCAAAAGCUAGGCCGCAGUGUCGAUGAGGUGGGCCACCGCAUCCAUCAAGGUUUACUGAGGAAUUCGUCGUCCUGGGUGCUAUACAACAUGGCGUCAUUUUACUGGCGUAUGAAGAACGAGCCUCAGAAGGCAGUGGACUGCGUCGUCCGUGCUCUGCAUUUCUCCCCGAGGCUGCACAAGGAUGUAGCCCUGGUCAACAUGGCCAACGUCCUGCACCGCGCCCAUUUCUCAGCAGACGCUGCUAUUCUCGCCCACGCUGCCCUGGACCUCACGUCUGACCUCUUCACCAGCCACUACACCUUAGGCAACAUUUAUGCUAUGCUCGGGGAAUACAACCACUCGGUGCUGUGCUACGAGCAGGCGCUGCAGGCCCAGCCGGGCUUCGAGCAGGCCCUGAGGAGGAAGCACGCCGUGCUCUGUCAGCAGAAGCUGGAGCAGCGACUCGAAGCCCAGCACAGAUCCCUGCAGCGGACGCUGAAUGAGCUGAAGGAGUACCAGAAGCAGCACGAUCACUACCUCCGCCAGCAGGAGGCACUGGACAAGCACAAGCUGCUGCAGGAAGAGCAGAUCCUACGCAACAUUAUCCACGAGACCCAGAUGGCCAAGGAAGCCCAACUCGGGAACCAUCAGAUGUGUCUGCUGGGUCAGCAGCAGCGCAGCCUCUACUGCCCCUUCGACCUGCCUGUGCGCUAUCACCGGGGCGAUCUGUUCGAGCACGUCCACUACGUCCAGUUCGGAGAGGAGGUGUCGGUCGCGUCAAGCGUGGCGCUUGUGUCAGAGCGGAACUCCAACCAGACAGCAGCCAGUCCCCAGCUCCACCCCUCUGUGUCCGGAGACCAAGACCCUGCUGCUGCCCUGUGGGGCGUCCAUCACGAGCACACACAGGACGUCCAGAGGAUGCUGUGGCCUCAGAGGACCGACUGUGCCCACGAGUACCCAAGUGUUCCCCCUGCUCACCUGCUCCCCACCUACUACCUUCCACCUGAAACUCAUGCCCUCAGCCAAGUGGCGACUCUCCUCUAUGGGACGAGCGAUCCUCCUCAGACGGCGGCUCUGCCAGACUGUGGUCCCAUCCCCAAACCGUAUCCAGCCCUCCUGCCAGCCGCACUAGACUUGCCGCUGGAAGAGAAGCAACUGCCAGAUCCCUUUGCCUCCAAGAUACUGCAGCUUCGCAGUGGAGGAUGGUCACUGGAGCAGAUUGGCUCCAGAGUAGCUGAAGCUAUGAAGCAGGCCACUAUCCCCCGCUGGCAGGUCCACAAUGAGGCGGCUCUGUUCUGGCGAGCCAAAGGCAACGGCAGCCGUGCCCUGCAGUGCCUGCGCCAAGUGCUGAGCUCGGCUCCGCCUUCCCACCGCCACUUGCCCCUCACCAACGCCGCUAACCUGCUGCUGCACCACGGCUUGACCACCCACGCACAAACACUGCUGGAGCAAGCGCUGGCGCUCAAUCAAUCGGAGCCCCACGCUCUGCUCAGUCUGGUGAGCGUGCACUUGGCCCAGGGCAAUGUGACAGGUGCUCUGGCCUUGUUCCGCCACACUCUGCUGACGGCUCUUUCCUCCUCAUCCUCCUUCUCGUCCUUUGCCGGCUGUGAGCAGUGUCGCACCGGCCUGCCUCUGCUGCGCUGUCUGCAGUUCUACCCCUUCCUUUACAACCUUUCACACAGACAGCCCUGCCCACAGGGCGCUGCCUGCAUGGCGGUGGAAGACCUCGGAAUACAACUGGAGGAAUGGGAGGAAGAGAAGCAGGAGGCACCGGCCAUUUCUGCACUGGAGGACUCGUUACUGUUUGAGAAGGUCAUCUUAGACAGUAACGGUUCCGGUGAGACGGCCGGACAGCACCGGGCUCCACCCUCGGCCUCUGCCGCGUCUAAAAUGGCCGCCCCAUUUGGAGGCGGGGCAGUGGAAGCGGAGGAGGAGUGGCAGCUGAAGGAGGACCUGAUGGGAGCCUUCGAGGGAGCGCUGGAUGUCGGAGGCAAACGCGGGGACCUGCGAGGCAUCAGGGUGCUGAAGAACGACCGCGUCAUGGGUGCCCGCGCCGGUGGCGGGCCCUGCUUCGGAAACUGCGAAGACGAUGAGGGAGCCGAGUGGAUCACAUUCCAGGUGAAGCGAGUCAGGAAGAACAAGGUGGAUGGGACAGAGGGUCUUUCCAGCUCUGACGACGGGCAGAACGGGGAGUCGCUGCCCGGAGGACACUCCGUCCUGGAGAUCAGCGGGCCGACUAUACCAUCGCCCGGCCCUUCAGGUCGAUGGAGGGACUACACAAGUCUUGGCUGGCCCGGGCCGGAGGAGUGCCAGCGGACACGAAGGGUCGACCUCACCACUGUAGCCAGCACCUGGUUGGCUGUCUCUGCCAAGAACAUCGACAUCACGGAGCACAUAGACUUUGCCACACCACUCCAGGAGCCGGCAGCCGAACCUUUAUGCAACGCCAACCUUGCCACCAGCAUGCACACCCUCGACCACCUGGCGGGCGUCGCCAAUCGGGCCGCCAUCCACUACACUGGGGAGAGUCAACUGCGUGAGGUUCUGCAGAACCUCGGCAAAGACAAGUUCCUCCCUCAGUCCUUUGAGCAGGUGGGAACUCGCAUCGCCAAAGUGCUGGAGAAGAACCAGACAUCGUGGGUGUUAUCCAGCAUGGCGGCGCUGUACUGGAGGGUGAAAGGUCAAGGCAAGAGAGCCAUCGACUGUCUGCGUCAGGCUCUCAACUACGCCCCCCACAACAUGAAGGAUGUUCCCCUCAUCAGCCUGGCCAACAUCUUCCAGAACGCUCGGCUGUGGGAAGACGCCCUUACAGUCGCCCGCAUGGCUGUGGAGAUCGCCCCGCACUUUGUGGUGAACCACUUCACGCUGGCCAACGUCUACAUAGCGAUGGAGGAGUUCGAGAAAGCCAUGCGCUGGUACGAGUCCACCCUGAAGCUGCAACCCGAGUUCGCCCCGGCCAAAGAUCGCCUGAGGACCAUCCAGUGUUACCUGCUCACCAAGAGGGAACGCCGUCAGCCCUGAACCACGCUUCCAGUCUGAUCCCACCAGUACCACGCGACCGUGAACACACACACACACACACACACACACACACACAGAUCCGCACUUAUCUGAAGACCACAGAUAACUUACAUAAAAUAAAAGUGUAAGAGACUCGAAUGUGGUUAAAGGUGAGGUAUCAAGAUUCAUAUCCAGACAUAAAUGUCUUUUUCUCUUUGAGAUCUAACUUCCUAAAGAAUCGUGGUUUGAAAUGGCACAACUGUCGAUUAUUUUAUCCCACAACUUCUGGGGUCAAGAAGUUACGACCGUGAAACUCCACAUUUUUUUUUUCCAGGUUUGCAUAAUUUGGGGAUACAUUUUGAAAAAGGCUUUUAAGUAACACUUAAUUCUGCAAUAUUUUUUCAUCUCAGCCGUCGUCUUCUUGAAGACCUUUAAGCAUUUAAAAUGAAAAGAAAUUACAAAUAUGUUUUUUCCGUGUUUCUCAAGGAGCAAACCUACUACUUCCUGGACGUGUGCCAAGUUUUAAUUUAACGUUUAAAUUUGGGAAUUUUGUAUGAAAAAUGAUAUCAAACAGUAUUAAAGCGUAAAUCUUUUGCUGAGGCGGUGAGGAAUGUGCUUCUCGACUCCGAGGUUAAAUGAGUUGACUCAAACGACAUACGCCCUUGUUACGUUUAUGCCCUAAUAAGGAAAAUGGGAAUUCUCAGUUUUUUGCACUUUUUAUUUUUUUAUCUAUAGCAUUCCCAUUUCUAUGGGACCUACAAACAGUUUGAUUUUGCUCCAAGCUAAUUUAAAAAACGAAUAAGAGGAAAUUAAAUAUGCUAUUACAUGUGCUUCUUAACUUAUGGAAAUUGUCAAGGCAGAAAAAAAAAGGAAUUGCCGUCGACCAUCUAUAAAAAAAGAGAAAAAAAACCUUAAGUGGGAUCUGUAUUAAAUGUACAGUAUUAAAGGCAACGUGUGGAAUUGA